AUGGCUACUCGCAAGUUUGCAGACCACACACGCUAUCAUCUCAGUCCGAAGGGGUUCUGGAAGAAAUUUCGAGAUGCCGUCGUCGUAAACCCCGAGAUUUCCAGCGGCCUUCCUUUGCCAGGCGUGUUCAGACAUCCGCCUCCAGGUUCAAGGCCAGAGAGAUAUUCUACUCCUGCUAGCAAGGCGUCCGAUCCUGCGCAGAACCCAUACUGGAAGCGUGAUGUACGGCGCGCAUAUCCUCAGCUUUCUGUUGUGACGCAGACUGAGCUCUCGUCCCUGCUCAUCCAACACUCCCAAGCGCAGGCAGUUGCUGCCCCCACUAAGGAAGGCGACGAGGCUUCUGUACCGACUGCAACAGCGGAACCUAUGGACCUCACAGCGGCCAUAGCCACCAUCACGUCUGCUAGCAAGGCCUAUUCUGCGUCUAAACUCCCCCCGACGCCGCCGAUACCUCACGCUCGUUGGGUUCCGGAACGAGCGGAAGAUGCCCCGCACGAUCCUAGCGCCUACUUCCCAAUGCUGAUGUACAAGUAG